UGCCGUCGCGUGCCCCGCGAGGCGGUACGCGCGGGGCCGGCCCACGGCCUGGGCGGUCCCCCCGGAGGCGGGGUCCAAUGGGCCCGCUAGGCCGUCCGGGGCCGCGCCGCUCACCGCGACCGCUCGCCGGCAGCAGAGCUCACCAUGUUCCCGGCGCGGCAAGAAGUUGGGCCCGCGGCGGCCGCUUUCCAGUAUGCGGCGGCCACCUGCUACCCGACCAGCUGCUCGCCGCCCCCGCAGUACGCGGGAUUCGGACCCGCCGUGCACGGGGGCCUGGUAGACGCCGUCGACUGGACCGGGGGCGGCGGCUACCGCUACGAUGACUGGGCCGCCCUGCAGCAGCAGCAGCAGCCGCAACCCACGGCGCAGGGCCUGUACGGAGGUUACGCGGCGGUGCCCGAACCCCCAACCACGAGCCCGGACUCCGGCCUGGCCCCGUCGGAUCUGAGCGGCGGCACGCCCUCACCGGGACUUGUGCAGCCGCAGCCGGUGUCCAGGCCGGCGCCCGCACGGUCGCCCUACGAGUGGAUGAUGAAGCCCUCGUACCAGGUGCAGCCGAACCCCGCCGCCCGAUGUGCCCUCAACGGCGUCUGUGUUGCCAUCCCGUUUUCGGGAAUGGACGAAGCGGCAUCGUGCUUUCUCUCUUUCCUCUACGCAGGCAAGACUCGCACCAAGGACAAGUACCGCGUCGUGUACAGCGACCACCAGCGGCUUGAGCUGGAGAAGGAGUUCCACUACAGUCGCUACAUCACCAUCCGGCGCAAGGCGGAGUUAGCGGCAAUGCUGGGCCUAAGCGAGCGGCAGGUCAAGAUCUGGUUCCAGAACCGGCGCGCCAAGGAUCGCAAGCAGGCCAAGAAACAGGAGGAGAUGCUGCACCGAGAGCUGGUCAAGGCAGAGCCCGUUCCCACCGCCACGCUGCCGCCUUUCUCGGCGGCGGCGGCGCCCACCGACGGCUACUCAUAGUACACGCACGCCGUGGACACACCCUCCCUCUCCGUCGUCAACGUGUAGUUUUGUACGAAGACCGCUAGGGGAGAAAUCUGGCGCUAGUGUUCGCGCGGGGCACCGAGGUUGCGUUUCAAAGCCGCCUGGGGUUUAAUGAUGGGAAUUGGUAUGCGGAAAGUACGUGUAUUUUCAUCGUCAUUCAUCAAAGCGUGAGGAGAAGCGGUUGCUGAGGGGGCCGGGAAAUACGAUCUCGAAAGAAUAAUGAGCAUUGACUCGGCGUGGUCGAGGAGUAUAUGUACUUUGGCCGAUUUUUUUUUUUUUCGAAAGUGAAUUGGUUGUUGUGUAGACCACGGUGCCUGGGUGUCGGCUGGUGUGCUUGUUACGUCAUUUCGCUUCAGCAAUGGAGCUCAACUAGGUGUAUGAAGAGGCAAAAAUUAGGAGGGGAGUUAUUUCGCCAUGCAUGCAAGUAUAUUGAGCGCCGAUUUAGCGUGAAUUCUCGGUCAAGCCGAUAGCCAAGCUGAAAGAAAGAGAAUCCACGCACCUACCCACGAUUACCAUGACGACUGAGCGACUGCAUUGCCAGGAUAUCUCCAAGUAAUCUUUGUGCGGAACUAUGCGGUUCUCCACGGACACGCAGGCCUACGGGGCUCAUCGUGCAAUGGACUAUGUGCGCACCUUCCAGAUGGCGCCGUGGUGGACCCACAGGACGCUUAUUCUGUGCAUGAACACGUGGUGCCACGGACUAGAAACUGCGGCGUGUAUACGGACCACUUGAUGGCCACGUGAUGAUUUGUGUGGCGACCUCUAAGCGCUGUUCUUUACAUGUCGCAGCGGACAACCGACAGUGCGCGAACGUGCGUCUCACGACGAGGCAGUGCUGUGCGCAGUUUCAUCGGGUAAUAACGUUUUUGUUUUCAGUGUCUGUGAAACUAAAUGCAGUUUGCGCUCAUUA